AUAGACGGGAAAGCACUCUGCCAUCGAUUUCGCAGGUCAUCACCAGACCCACUAAAUCAGCGCUUAGCUGGAAGUAUAGACAAGCCUAAAGGCAUGUGCCAUACUGUCUUGCAUGGAACAACGUAGGCACCUAAGCCACCUGACUGCAGGAGAGGGGUUCCCAGCUUUGGGUCACCAGCAGUGAGGGCUUCUCCCUCCAGCCCAAGGCACCAAACCCCUGAGAAAGGCAAAUGCCCCCAUUAUUGGCAUCUCCCAUUGGCUGUCUUUGGCAGCUGCCUACCUUGUGUGCUGGCUUUUGUGGAUCCCAUUCGAAUGGGCCAUCUCUUGCCAUUCAGUGUAUAGGGAGCCUUGACACACCUUUGGGGUUACCCAAGGUGUCUGGGGUCAAUGAUGACCACCUGCUUACAGUGGGAGCCUUGUCUGUGCCCACCAGAGGAAACGCUCCCACAGCUUCUGGCAACACCGGCACUCCGCUCUGGGCUCCGCAAGCCCCACCCUCUCUCUCUCUCUGCAGACUAGCAACUUACACACCCCAAUUUGAUACACUGAAUUGCCCAGUCCCUUGUCUUCUGGACACCUGCAAUGCACCAGUCCACUGCCUCCGUGGAAGCAGGGCACCCCAGUUCACUGGCUUCACCUCAGUUCAACACUUGUUAACACAAGAAAAACAUCUUUCAGAGAAAGUGGAACAUGAGGCAAUGGCAGAACAAACACGUGACAUAACCCAAAGAUUCACAGCCAAACUCCAGGCUGAGAUCAUUACAGGGUGGAGAAGCGCGCAGCUCUACGCAGUGGAUGUGACUCUGGAUCCCAGCACAGCAAAUCCCUACCUCGUCCUGGCUGAGGAUCGGAAACGUGUGACACACCGAGACGAGCGCCAGGAUCUGCCUGACAAUCCGGAGAGAUUUGAUACUAUGGCGGUUGUCCUGGGCGCUGAGGGAUUCCCGGGCGGGAGACAUUACUGGGAGGUGGAGGUUGGAGAAAAGAAUCUCUGGACUCUGGGGGUCUGUAGGGAAGAUGGGCGCAGGAAGGGGCAUAUUGUAUAUCUAUCGGAGAAUGGAUACUGGACAAUAUGGCAGCAUUCUGGGCAAUGCAAGGCCAAUACCUCCCCUGCGACCGUCCUGCCCGUGAGCGUCAGGGCCAGACGAUUGGGGAUUUUCCUGGACUAUGAGGCGGGCGAGGUCUCCUUUUACAAUGUGACUGACAAGACCCAUCUCUUCACUUUCACUGACACCUUCUCUGGGGUUCUCCGCCCUUAUUUCAACCCUGAAAACAAUAAAGGGGGCCCAAAUAGGUGUCCCCUGAUAAUCUGCCCAGUCCCAGCUCAGGCUGGAGGGAGUCUCUGUGCCGGACAGUGACACCCGCAGCAGAGACUGUCCCCUCCCAGCACUGACCAGCCCCCAGGCCUGUUCCCCUGGGGGGGAAGGGCAUUACCUGCCUUUCUCCUGCCAUCCCCUCCCCUCUCAGUUCCCAGCAUCAGGAAUAUUGGCAACCAAGCAGCCCUAGAGGGGGGAGCUGGCUGCAGAGGCAGAGGGGUGUGUGGGUGCUGUGCCCAAGGGUGGGAAGGAGGCUGCAGCAGCAGGGAGGGAAAAGCCCAGUUCACAAGAUGUGCAGGGUGGGGGAGAUGAGAGAGGUCUAUAAAAUCAUGACUGGUGUAGAGAAAGUAGAUACAGAAGUGGUGUUUACUACUUCUUCUAACACAAGAACUAGGGGUCACCAAAUCAAAUGAAGAGGCAGCAGGUUUAAAACAAACCAAAGGCAGUAUUUCUUCAUACAACGCACAGUCAACCUGUGGAACUCCUCGCCACAGGAUGUUGUGAAGGCCAAGAUUAUAAAAGGGUUAAAAAAGAACUAGAUAAGUGUAUGGAGGUCAGGUCCCUUAGGGGCUAUUAGCCAGGCUGGACAGGGAUGGUGUCCCUAGCCUCUGUUUGCCAGAAGCUGGGAAUGGGUGACAGGGGAUGGCUCACUGGAUCAUUACCUGUUCUGUUCAUUCCCUCU